AUGGAGGAAGGUAUGAAGAUUCAUGUACGAAUUAUCGGACACUCUUACAUUCGCCGUUUAGGGGAAUUUGUCGCGGAUAAUGAACAUUAUGCCAAUUUACAAUUAGACAAAUCACAGUAUUUGGUGGAUUUUCAAGCUAGAGGUGGACUGACUUUUCAACGUUUAGCACAGUGCGCGGAAUUCACUAAUUUCCCAAAACCUCCCCCUGCUGUGUGCUUUCUGCAGAUGGGCGGCAACGAUUUAUGCCGGAGGCAACCUGACAAAGUGUUUACGGACAUACUCUCAUAUGCCCAGUUUCUACGUGACGGCGUUGGACUUAAAAAGGUGAUAGUGGGUCAAUUGUUACGUCGGCAGCCAUGGGCGACCAGACAAGGUUAUAAUGAAGACGUUGUGAGUGUCAACAGUAAAUUGAGGAAAGAGACUGCUACCUUAAAGAACAUUUAUUUUUGGCAACAUCGUGGAUUUUGGACGGACCUGUCUUAUCUUGGUCGUGAUGGGGUGCACAUAUAA